GGCGCGGCGUGGGGCCCGGCUUGCGGCGGCUGCAUCCUGGCGCCUGCUGGCGCUGGGGCAGGACGGGGGACGCGGGCAGGGCCGCAGCGGCGAGGGCAGACUGCUGGGCUUGAGCCCUAGUCUGGCUGGACAGGCGCCCCGGGAACCGCAAGGGCGCCACGGAAAUGCCGAGAUAAAACACAGACGAGGGCCGCAUGUAAGGACACGGCGUGUGGGUGGACAGAGCCACGGCAGGAAGGCUGUGAACUUGAUGGCGUGUGAGGCAGGGUGCCGUCCCCUGGGUGUGUUCGAGUGCCAGCUCUGUGCCCUGACAGCUCCGUACAGCUAUGUGGGACAGAAACCCCCCAAUACCCAGUCUAUCGUGCUCUGGCUACUUCGGCUGUGACCUGGGGAGGCACGGGGCAGAGGUCGAGGGCCACGUGGUUCUUCAAGAACCGGGGCCCUGCCUGCCUGGCCCACAGUGCAUCACCGGUGCCCUGGCUGGAAGAGCUCAGCACCUGCGGAUGAAGGCACCUUGCUCGCCCCGCAUUUGGGGCUGUGCCUUGUCUUCAUUCCUGCUGGUUCCUCAGGAGCUACUCUGUUGGCGAGAAACCUGCCUGCCUCGUCCUCUUGCACUGGUGGGAACGUUGGCUUCACUUCUGUCCUGCAGCCUGCUGGAGGAGAGCUAUGUCAUGAAGGACCCCUUUACCCCAGACAAGGACAGAUUCCUGAUCCUCGGCUCCAGAUGCACCUUAUGCAGCAGGCUGGUGUGUGUGGGCCCGGAAUGCAGUUUAUUCUACUCCAAGAGGUUUUGCCUGCCCUGUGUCCAGGAGCACAUCGAUGCCUUCCCUCAGGAAAUCCGGCAAGACUUGGAGAAAAGGAAAGUUCCAUCAAAGAGGCAUUCCAGCCAGCCCGGUUCUCGGACUUGAGUGCCGCUGGGGUCCAGCCUGCAGCAGCAGCAGGGUGGGAUGAGAAGGCACCCAAAGGGCAGAUUUCAGCUGACAUCCUGUGAACCAGCCCAGCGCUCCAGAGCUCUGCAGGGCAGGCACAGAGGGCGGGCCAGGAACUGGCCACAGAGGGAGCCGCGGCCAGCCCUUCUGUUCUUCUGGACUGGAGCUCUAGGCCUUCUGUCAGGGUCGGGCCUGGCCCCCUUCCUGCUCCCACACCGCCGGGCGCACAGGCCCUUGUGCCUUUUGUGUGAUUCAUCAGACGCAGGAGUGCCUGCCUUGCCAGGCUGCUCUGCGGGGCCCUGUGGACGAGGCAGUGAAUGGACGAGGCCCAGCCUCAGAGCUGCCAGUCCCGGGUGGGGAGACCCUGUGUGCUUGUGUUCGGAUCAUGCUGGCCGUGCUCACGCACAGGCAGGAGGAUCUGUCCCCGCCAGCCAGCACUACAGCGCUGCCGUCCCAGCAAGUGAGUGUUCACCUGGCAAAGGCGCCAUUUGGCAGUGGCUCCCAGGGAGGCUUCAGGUGCCCGUGUGGGCAGGUGCCCGAGGUAUGCUAAGAGCUGCGGGAUGUGACUGGGCGGUCCGGUGGGUUUGUACUCCCCACCCAUGUGUGAUGCUGGAAAAUGUUUUGAUCUCCAUCAUAUGUUUAUGAUUAAAAACCCAAACCACCA